GCACGCACACUUGAUUUGGAUACCCUUUGGAAAGAUCGCGUGUCAAUUGGAUCUUUUGCUUGCAAGUGAGAAAGGAAACGGUCAUAAGCUUUCAACUCGGAAGAUGACUAAGCUUCUGGAUGUUACCCUGCAAUCACUCAAGGCUCACAAUCUUGAAAGAAGACGACCUGGACAGGUUCCGUUUGUUUUAACAACAAAACGAAGUAGUAGUAGUGCAGCAAAGGAUUGAUUGACCAUGCCAGAAGAAAAGUUGUCUUGGAAGGAUUCCAACUUGGCCUUGAUCGGCUCGGAACUGGAUCACAAGAUCAAAGCUGCUGCGGCGGAACUGGAAGAAGCAUGGAGUGGCAUGGGCCAGUCUCCGGAAACGCGCGUGUGGCGGAUUGAAAAGUUUCAAGUCAAGGAAUGGCCGUCGGACAAGUUUGGAAAAUUCCACAAGGGAGAUUCCUACCUCGUAUUGCACACGUACAAAAAGGGAACCUCUGAUGCCCUCUUUCACGACAUUCACAUGUGGAUUGGCAGUGAAUCGUCGCAAGAUGAAUACGGAACCGCUGCCUACAAAAUGGUAGAAGCCGAUGAUUAUCUGGGUGGAGUCCCUGUACAGCACCGUCAAGUGCAGGGACACGAAACCGAAACGUUCCUCACGUACUUUGAUGCCCUCGAAAUUCUAGAUGGAGGCAUUGAAACUGGAUUUAAUCAUGUCGAACCCGAUGUCGAAAAUCCCGUCUUGUACCGUGUCAAGGGAACCAAGAAGAAGCGAACACUCACACAGGUACCACUCCAAAAGAGCUCGCUCAAUGAGGGAGAUUCCUUUAUUCUCUUUGGAGGAAAGGCCAAUGUCUGGUGCUGGCAUGGACAAAAGGCCAAACCACUGGAAAAGGCCGAUUCCAACGUGUGGGCCGAAAACAUGUGCACCAUGGGCACCGUCGUCGUACUCGAUCAAGGACAAGGUGAUGAUUCCGAAGACAAGUUCUGGGCGUACCUGGGCGAUGGUGACAUUCAGACGGAUGCGGCCGACGACGAGGGCGUGACGGAAUUCACACCCCUCCUCUACCGUGUCGAUGGAUCCAUUGCCAAGGAUCUCGAAAAGGUCGCCGAAGGAUCGCCCGUACAGAAAACCAGCGCUGACUACAAAUGCCUCAACAAGGGCGACCUCAAAGAUGACGAUGUCUUUUUGCUCGAUAGUGGAUGGGAAAUUUACGUUUGGAUUGGAAGCAAGGCCGAUCGAUACGAAAAAAUUGCCGCCAUGUUUGCCGCCGACAAGUAUUCCAAAAUGGAUCCCCGUACCCUCGAAUUGCCCGUUGAAAUUGUCAAGUCGGGUGCUGAAUCCGACCGAUUCCUUUCGUACUUUGCCUAACUAAGCGCAUACGGUACAUGUAAGGCAGUAAGGAUACAGAGCCCUUGAUAAACGUUUGUUGCAUGGCGUUGUAGUGGUUUGGCAAGACACUGGUGGACUGGUCUGGAAGGAAGGAUGGAUGGAAGGAAGAAUCCCAUUCGUGAUCAAUUCUAGACAUUUAUAGUAUAAUCUGAACCAUCGUGUCAACCUGGAACCUGUUGAACAUCUUCCAGGUAGAAUGGUGGUUGCAGAAGAAUCCCUCUUUUAAGAUUAGUGGAUGCAUGCAUGUCUUG